CAUAUCUUCGACCUAUGAACUGUAUAUUUGCUAUAUAUACACGACAUCUUUCAAUUAUGGUGCAACGAAGAUUCCAUAAAACAACGUUUAUUCGAAAAGAGCAAUCUUAACAAAAUGAAGGCCUUUGAAUUCUGUAUUUGCGCUUUAGCAUAUAUCUCUCUUACUUCAUCUAUACCUAUAAUGAGUAAAUUAAAAACACAACCUAAUAACAGUACUCAACUUAUGAACAUUUGCGUUAUUGAAGCUGGUAUGACUUAUGAGGAUGACUAUGGUAUAAGAGAUAUUAUAAAUGAUGUUAUUGAAAAACCUGACUUCGAGGAAAAAACACGAAAGCAUGGCUGUUUUGUUGAGUGUAUUUUAAGGAAAUUGAAUUGGAUGGAAAGAUCAGAAUUUAAGGAAGAGAAAUUUUAUGUGGAUUUAAAUAACAAAAUAUUUGCUAAUCAUCCGUAUAAAACUCAAAUAGACGAAUUUCUAAGUGAUUGUGUGAGAAAAGUAAAACAUGCACCGCAAGAAAGAUGUCAGCGAGGUGUUGUAGCAAUGAAGUGUGGUGUGAAAAAUAUGUACAGAUUGUUUCCUUCCAUACUGAAUGAAAACGAAGAGGAUAUAGAGAAUGAGGAGAAUGGAAAUAAUUAAAUAUAAUUAAAUACCCCCCUAUACACUAUACGUACAAUAAUUAAU